AAGAAAAUUAUUGUUCAUUGUAAUUUAUAAAAAUAACUUUUAUAUUUUCAUGUGAAAAGUAUUUUUUGAAAAAUAUUGAUUAAAAAGUCAUCAUGGUUGCAACAUGUGGUGUGGGUGCUAUGUUAUAUAUUGUCCCAAUGUUGCUAGGGCGAACUUACGACUUCCGCCAAGACACUGUAGGAAUCGACAUUUUCAGCAAAAAAGACGUAGAAGAUGCAAUGAAAAAUCCAAUUAAUAAUCCGGAAGUAAACUCCCAAUACAUGACAAUCGAACGCAAGAGCGAGAAACGGGAAUUUCUAGGAAUAUCAGGCGAACUUGCAAUCAAAAUUUCAUCCGGUAUGGUGGACAUCAAAGGUGCCGGUGAAUAUUUAAAGGAAGUUUUAAACACAGAGGACAGCAUUGAAAUUUUGAUCAAGUUAACUUUCACUACGGAACUUUGGCAAUUGAGUCCAGAUGCAAGACCUUUACAAUUUUGGGAGUUUCUUGAUCCCAAAACUGUAGGAACUCACGUUGUGACACAGCUGUCAUUUGGCGGGGAAAUUUACGCCUCUGUCAAAUUCAUUUCCCUCAAGUCAGAAUAUACUGAAGACAUAAAGGCUCAAGUGAAGGUUUCCCUCGCCAAAUCUGGCGCUUUUGACGUUGAUGCCCAAGGGAAGCUGGAAAAAUUGGCUAAGAACAUGACGAACAGGGCAAAGACGGAGAUCGAUUAUUACGGGACAGUUCCCCUUGACGGCGUCCCCACGACCAUCGAAGGACUGCGAGAGCUUGUCAGCAAAUUCAAAGAACAGGUGGGAAAAGUCAACAAUGGCAUCGGGGUGGCGCUCUGUGCUGAAUUUAGAGCCCUGGAGGAGUUUAAUGAUAAAUUCAGGUUCCUGAAAAAUAAAGCUCUGAUCGACUCAAUGGAAAACUUCAACUCCCUGUUCGAUAAUUUAAGAGAAGCAAAAGGACUGUUAAAAGGCCUUGUGAAAUCAUUACCAGAAACGGUGUCAAAGGAAUAUUUAGAAAAGGUGAUUGAUUUUUCCGGAAGAUUGACCAAAACCAUACGAGUGUUCUACGACGUAAUUGGUAAUUUGGAUUUAGAAGCAGGCUCAGAACAACUCAGCCCAGCCUUGAAUGCCUUUGACGAGAACUCUGCUGUCACUGGAGAUCAAAGGUACACCAGGGAAAUCAAGCAAAUCAUCGAAGACAACGUACCAAAAGACGAUCCUAAAAAACCUCGUUCCGUGUACGUUCACUGGGGCAAGAAGGAAUGUGGAAACAAGGCUUCUAAUCCACUCUAUGUCGGUUAUAUGACUUCAUUCCUCGAAGAUGGUAUUGGAGCGGGCACCAACUAUGUUUGCCUACCUGAAAAACCUAAUUUAAGUGUGGAUUCUGAUGCCGUCGGGCUGAACGAAAGAACUAGCAAGCUUGCAGCGGUCAGGUACAUGAACAUGUCUAUGUUCAGUGGACGUGGGAAACGGAUAGAAGGCCUAGUCACCCCUUGUGUUGUUUGCGAAACACCUAACAGGCCCACAGUGAAAAUGUUUCCAUCCAUGGGCUUCUGUCCUGGAGAUUGGGUUACUGAAUAUACUGGCUACAUAAUCGGUAACUUCCAGGGAAAACUCAGAUCUGAAUUCACAUGCAUUGAUCAGAACCCGGAUGUUUAUAACAACACUUCUAAAGCCAGAGCAGAACCCUUUAUUUUACCAGUAAAGCUGGAAACGAAUAAAAAUUCCAUUCCUUGCACUGUUUGUUCUAAAUGA